AUGGUCCGCUUGUUCAUAUCUAUCUAUCUAUCUAUCUAUCUAUCUAUCUAUCUAUUUCAGUCUGUUCAUAUCUAUCUAUUUUUCUAUCUAUUUUCACAUCUAUCUAUCUAUCUAUCUAUCUAUCUAUCUAUCUAUCUAUCUAUCUAUUUCAGCCUGUUCAUUAUAUAUAUAUCUAUCUUUUUUAUUAUUAUCUAUCUAUCUAUCUAUAUCUAUCUAUCUAUCUAUCUAUAUCUAUCUAUCUAUCUAUCUAUCUCAGUCUGUUCAUUUAUCUAUCUAUCUAUUUCAGUCUUUUUAUCUAUCUAUCUAUCUAUCUAUCUAUCUAUCUAUCUAUCUAUCUAUCAUAUAUUUCAGUCUGUUCAUUAUCUAUUUAUCUAUCAUAUUAUCUAUCUAUCUAUCUAUCUAUCUAUCUAUCUAUCUAUCUAUCUUUCAGUCUUUUCAUAUCAUUAUAUCUAUCUAUCUAUUUAUCUAUUCAUUAUCUAUCUAUCUAUUUCAGUCUGUUCAUUAUCUAUCUAUCUAUCUAUUAAGUCUUUUCAUAUCUAUCUAUCUAUCUAUCUAUCUAUCUAUCUAUUUCAGUCUGUUCAUUAUCUAUCUAUCUAUCUAUCUAUCUAUCUAUCUAUCUAUUUCAGUCUUUGUUCGUAUCUAUUUCAAUCUGUUCAUCUAUCUAUCUAUCUAUCUAUCUAUCUAUCUAUCUAUCUAUCUAUCUAUCUAUCUCAGCUGGUCACAUACAUGUUUUCUCUCGUUAAUCUUGUAAAUUCUUCAUUCUGUUUUUCUUCUGACCGCUUUUUUUUAGUCUCCAUUUCAGUUUUUCAGUAUUUCGAUCGUCCUUUUCUCCUAUUAUCAUUGCCUUCUUUCUUUCUUUCUUUCUUUCUUUCUUUCUUUCUUUCUUUCUUUCUAACCAGGACUGUUCACAUCUAUCUAUUUCAGUCUAUUCAUAUCUAUCUAUCUAUCUAUCUAUCUAUCUAUCUAUCUAUCUAUCUAUCUCAGUUUGCACAUAUCUAUCUAUCUAUCUCAAUCUGUUCAUAUUUAUCUAUCUCUCGGUCUGUCUAUUCAUAUCUAUCUAUCUAUCUAUCUCACUUUGUUCAUAUCUAUCUAUCUCAGAGUCAGUCUAUUCAUAUCUAUCUAUCUAUCUAUCUAUCUAUCUAUCUAUCUAUCUAUCUCAGUUUGUUCAUUUCUAUCUAUCUAUCUAUCUAUCUAUCUAUCUAUCUAUCUAUCUAUCUAUGUAUCUCAGUUUGUUCAUAUCUAUCUAUCUAUCUAUCUAUCUAUCUAUCUAUCUAUCUCAGUUUGUUCAUAUCUAUCUAUCUCUCGGUCUGUCUAUUCAUAUCUAUCUAUCUAUCUAUCUAUCUAUCUAUCUAUCUAUCUCAGUUUGUUCAUAUCUAUCUAUCUAUCUAUCUAUCUAUCUAUCUAUCUAUCUAUUCAUUUUAUUUCUAUUCGUAUAUUCCAUCCCUCACUCACUUUUGUGUCUCCCUCUCUCUUUGUCUCGCCCGAUCUAUCUAUCUAUCUAUCUAUCUAUCUAUCUAUCUAUCUAUCUAUCUAUCUAUCUAUCUAUCUCAGUCUGUUUCUAACUGUCUAUCUAUCUAUUUCAUGUUGUUCCUGUUUACUAACAUUUACCGACAUAUCCAAGUAUAUUCCUCCAUCUUUUUAGACGUUCUUUGA